CUUUCUCUCCCUCCCAGCAUCCGGUGCAUUUCUGGUUUGCCACGGGAGGAGCAGGGUUUUGUAUCAGCCGGGGGCUGGCGCUGAAGAUGAGCCCGUGGGCCAGUGGUGGUCACUUCAUGAGCACUGCGGAGAAGAUCCGCCUGCCAGACGACUGCACUAUCGGCUACAUCAUCGAGUCCGUGCUUGGGGUGAAGCUUAUCAGGAGCAACCUCUUCCAUUCACACCUGGAGAACCUCCACCAGGUGCCCAAGACAGAGAUCCACAAGCAGGUAAACUUGCCCCGCUGCCUCGGCUCAGCAGCCCCAGGAACGGGUGCAUGGGCAGCCACGACGGAGAAGAGGGCUUGGGGAUGGACGGUGCUUCCGUCUCAUUUUAUCCCCCGUGAUGCUGGCACGCAACAGACUUUGGGGGAGCCUGAGACCAAAUCUGGACGACAGCGUCUCAGUAGGGGUCCUGAGAUCUGUUUUUUCUGGUGCUGGGGGUGAGGGAAGGACCAUGCCUAGUGGCUCACAGCUGGGGAUGAGGUGCCAACAGCCCCCAUUGAGAGUUGCUCUCCCCCUGCCAGAGUCACCUGAAAGACCGGUGUUCAGCCUAAGCUUUGGGCUGGGUUCCCUUUGCAGUUCAAGGAAGAUUCACCUCAUUUACAUUGAGUCACCUAAAAAUUAGCCAUCUCAGCUAAGCUAUUCAUUGAAAUGGUUCAAGUAAGUCAGUGGAGGGAGAAAGCCCCUUCAGGCCAUGCUGAGGGGGUGAGGCC